ACAAGGACUUUAAUAGUCCUAUUAUUCCUCCCUACUUGUUACAUAUUUGAUCUGUGGAGAACAGAGUGGAAGCAAAAUUCCAGAGGGUGUAAAACAGGAAGUGUCUGAAAUCCAAAAUAUAAAAACCAUUUCCAAAACAAGAAUUCUUCAGGGGACAGACAGACCUCUGCCAUGUGGCUCUACCUGGUGGGCCUUGUGGGCCUGUUCUACCUUCUGCGCUGGUUCCGGGAAAGGCAGGUGGUGAGCCACCUCCGAGACAAGUACGUCUUCAUCACAGGCUGUGACUCGGGCUUCGGGAACCUGCUGGCCAGGCAGCUGGACCUGCGAGGCCUGAGGGUGCUGGCUGCGUGUCUGACAGAGAAGGGGGCCGAGCAGCUGAGGGACCAGACGUCAGACAGGGUGGAGACGGUGAUCCUGGACGUCACCAAGACAGAGAGCAUUGCUGCAGCCACUCAGUGGGUGAAGGAGCACGUGGGGGACAGAGGACUUUGGGGCCUGGUCAACAAUGCAGGCAUUAUUCACCCAUUCGGCUGCUGUGAGUGGCUGAGGAUAGAGACCUUCGAGAAGAUCUUCAAAGUGAACCUGACUGGGUUGAUUGCGGUGACCUUGAGCAUGCUUCCCUUGGUGAGGAGAGCACAGGGGAGGAUCGUCAAUGUUUCCAGCAUCCUGGGGAGAAUUGCUUUCUUUGGAGGAGGCUACAGUAGCUCCAAGCAUGGAGUGGAAGCCUUUUCAGAUAUUCUGAGGCGUGAACUUCGGCAUUUUGGGGUGAAAAUCAGCAUAGUUGAACCUGGCUAUUUCAAAACGGCAAUGUCAGACCUGCAGAUGUCCUUGGCGGCAGAGAAGCAAAACUGGGAUGAAGUCCCUACAGAUAUUAAGGAAGCCUAUGGACAGCAAUUUUUUGAUGCCUAUCACAACAACACCAAAGAAGGGCUGCAGAAUGGUAGCCAAAACCUGAACCUGGUCACUGACUGCAUGGAACACGCUCUGACAUCUGUGCAUCCCCGCACUCGAUAUUCAGCUGGCUGGGACUCUCAGUUUUUCUUUAUUCCUCUAUCUUAUUUACCUACAUGGUUGGCAGAUUAUAUAUUGACUAGAUCUUGGCCCAAACCAGCCCAGGCAGUCUAAAGAAAACUGGUGUGUUGGCCCUUGGAAUGAAGAAGACAAUUAAAAGUCUGAAAUUGGUUGUUAGUCUCUUGCUAAUUUUAAUUUAGAACCUAGAUUUUUUGUAACAAGAUUUCUUACCUAAAUUUAUUUUUCUGGCAUCAUCAGAAAACCAAGUUCACAUUCCAGGUGAUGAAUCUUUACUAUUUUCCCCAUUUUUGAUAAGACUAUUUCCUAAAUGCCUUAGAUGUCCUUGCCCUAUUCAACAGAGUAGACUAAAAACAAUUUAACCUGUUUUAAUGUUACUUCUUUAUGUAUACGAACAGCUAUUCUGUGCUGUGAUAAACUAUUGUUCAGGGACUGCUGAGGAAUAUGAGGUCUUUCCAUGCUUGAAAUGGCUCUGUAUUGCAUGCUUUUUACAAAUAUUUGAUUUUGCUUUCUCCUCCUCUUUAGACAGCUGUUGUUUUUCAAUGUAUUUCUUCUUUAUUUAAAACAAAAUGAUUUUUAAUUUUUAUGUCAAAAUAAUACACACAUUGUUAAAAAUUCAAUUAAUACUCAGUUAAAAUAAAAAAACAGUCUCCCACCCUCAUCUCCACCCUUCAGUGCUGCUCCCUAAAGGCAAAUGCUUUCAACUUUUGGCGAUUUCUUCUGGUAUUUACUGCCCUAUUUCUAAAUAAAAUACUUAUACUACUA